AUGUUCUCAGUACUAAUUCGAACAAAUAGACAAUCAUCACAUAAUAUUUUUUAUUUUUUACAUACGCUCUUUAUACUAUAUGCAUGCACAGCCUCUUUUACUACUGUCAGUGCACUCAAUAAUCAUGAAAAUGAAGCAUUUAUUCAACUAUCGGUUGAUUCAAUACAUGUUGUUAAACCGUCCGAUCCCCGAUUUGCAAAUAUUGAAGAAAAUUCAAAUGAUGAUGAAGAAAAAGAACUUCUUAUUGCAUUAUUAACAUCAUUUGAUGAUGAUCAUACAAAUGUCAAACAAAAUGAUAUUGGAAAACUGUCGGAAUUUACAUACGAUAAUAAAAUUUUUAUAAGUAAUAAUUGUACAUCAUCAUCUUCUUCAUCGUUAUCAGUUGCAGCAACAGCAUCCGAAUCAUCUUCAUCAUCAUCAAUACGCUUUAUUCCACCUUUACUUGAUUUUGGUGAACAAUCCAUCGCUAUUCCACGCAUACAGACUGUUAUGAUAAUUAAUGAUGAUUCAGAGCCACUUGAACUUCAGUCAUUAUCGGGAACAACAGUUCAAUUUUAUUCAUCAUUUUUUACGCAGAAAAUUCUUCCACCAAAGGGUGGUAAUACAUCCAUCAGUGUAUAUUAUCUACCACGAACACUUGGUAGUACAAAAAGUACAUUUACAAUAAAAACAAAUCUUCGAACUGUACAUUACUACGUUACUGGUAUUGGUACGUCAAAUCCAUUUCUUAUAAGACCAUUAAUUGGUGCAACAAUACCAUUAAAUUCAACAUUUGAAUAUAUUAUAAAUUUUUAUAAUCCAUAUAAUUAUUCACUUCAUAUCAAUGAAAUUUUCACAAGUGAUGAAAAUUUAAUAAUUGAAUUAUUAUCAUAUAAAACACAAAAAACUAAAAUAAUAAAAUCAUUUGAACAUAUCGAACAUUGGCAUUUGAAACCUUAUGAAAAAAAGCCAUUGGUGAAAAUCAAUUAUCUAGCCUAUAAAUUAGAUCGUUUACAUGGAUUUUAUUGUAUUAAAACAAAUUCUAAUGAUACAAUUAUUGUACCUGUUGAAAUAAAUGUUGUAAAUCACUUAAAUAUUUAUUCAAAUGUUGAUCUAUUAGAAUUAAGUUCCGAUGGUUUCAUACGAUCAACAGCUAGACCUAUAACUGUACCAGUCUAUGUGAUUAAUAAUGGAAUAACUCCGGUGACCAUUACUAAUGUUCGAGUUACAGUAGCAAAUAUGAAUUAUGCAACAGUUAACCAUGAAAAGGUUCAAGUACCAACUGGUAUUUAUCAUUUAACUAAAAUAGCAGAAUUAACCAUUCAUCCACAUUUAAUUCCGCGCGAUAUGACACGCCUUCGUGGUUCAGUUGAAGUAUACUCAUCAUCAUCAUCAUCAUCAUUGAAUGAUGAAGAACCUACAUUACGAAUUCCAUUUCGUGCAACAGUUUUACAUGGUUCACUUGAUUAUGAUAAAGAAGCAACGUAUUUUUACAUUCCAUCACUUUCAACUGAUGAAUCAUACGAUAAAAUAGAACAAUGUCGACCAAUUAAAUUAAUAAAUCGAUUUAAUACAUCCAUGGUUAUGUAUAAUGCAACGACCGAUGCAACAGGUUUACUUUUACAAUAUAUGAAUAUCAAAUUUUAUUCACCAUAUGUAUAUGUACGUCCAGGCGAAUCAGUUUUUCCUGUAUGCUUAAAUAUACUCAAACAAACAGUAUCAACUGCGUCAUUAAUUACUUUGGAAGCAUCAAUUAUAUUGCAUACAAAUCUUUCGUUUUUUCACAUGCCUAUUCAUUUGUAUAGAGGAUUACUUAAUAUUGAUCUCACUGCUGACAAUAGCAACAGUGGUAUUAGACGUAAUGAUGUAAAUCCAUCAGAAUAUUACAUAGCAAGUAUACCGGUGAACUCAUCACGUACAGUAAAAUUCAUAUUGAAAAAUACAAAUCCAAUCGAUAUACCGAUUGAAAAAAUAUCUUUAACGUUACCAAAAACAAAUAUUCGUCUUAUUCAGUUACAAUUAUUAAAUGGCAGUGAAACAAAAGUAUCAUUCAAAAGUUUAUAUCAAAAUGAAGAUAUUACAGAACUUGUUAUUCCUGCUCGUCAUCAAGCAGUAUUAGCUUUAACAAUUCAUGGAACAAGUGAUCCAUCAUUUUACGAUGAAACACUAUCAUUUAAAACACCCUAUCAAAAUCUUGAUAUGAAUGUAAAAUAUCGUAUUGUCAGUGCGUCGAUUGAACUUGAAAAUAAACUUCCGUUACAUAUCGAUGCAUUUCCUAAUCGUAUCGGCAUGGUAGAUGUUGUUCUAAAUAAUGGAUUUGAUGAACUAACAGAAAUUUUACGUGUAGAAUUUCUCUCAUAUGGUCAAAGUUUUUCAUUCUAUUGGAAUAAUACAUCAUUUGGCAAACUGAUUAUUCAACCAAAUCAGACUUAUCUAAUUGGUAAACUUACCUUUGACAUGCGACCCUUGUGUAAUAGUAUAGUAGUACCAUCGGAAUCGACAUGUUAUUGUGGCUUAAAUAAUCAUCCGGAAUAUAAACAAAAAUGGAAACAACAUACGACAGCAUUAAAUAAUUAUGAAGUUGAUCAUAUACUUGUAUCGAAAUUUCGAAGUCUAUGGCAAGAUUGGACGUCACUAGUUCGAAAACAGCGAAUUCAAACAAAUAUUUGGCUUGUGACAGAUCAAGCUAAUAUGUCAUGGCCAGUAACAAUUGGUUUUGUUUGGCCAUCUGUAUUGGAACUUAUGUCACCAACGGUAUCUCGUACACCAAUUAUUCUUGAUUUUCAUCUGACUCAUAUAAAUACAGCAAAAACACAAAAUAUUAUUAUUACAAAUCCUUCGUCUAAUAUUGUUCAAUAUUCUAUUGAACUUAUCGGCAAUUAUGAAAACACAAGAAAUAAUAAUAAAAAAAUAGCUGUUAAUAAUAAUAACAUAUUCAUUAUUGCAACAACGUUUAAAGGUGUAGAGUUAUUAAAUGGUAUAUACAAAUUUAGUCUUCAACCUGAUGAAAAUAUAAUAUUUACUGCAUCAUAUCGACCAAAGCUAACAAGAAAACACGAAAUAUAUCUUGUUGUUCGGAAUAAUUUGACUAUCAUGGAAUCAAUACUUUUACGUGGAGAAGGUGGAAAGGGUAGUUUAACAGUUGGCAAUCGGAAAGCUGGAUCGUCCGAUAUUCCACUGGUUCUAGAAAUGAAUGAAAAACAGUAUAAACUUUGUUCAGAUUAUCUUUCCACGGGUGGUACCAGCGGAAAUCCAGUAUUACAAAAAAUAGUCACACUACGCAAUACGGGAAAUAUGAAAGCAGUGAUUCAUAGCAUAUCAUUUGGCGAUGCCAAGUGUUCAGGACAAGGUUUUUCAGUUAAUACAUGUUCUAAUAUUGAAAUAGAACCCAACGAAAGAUACGAUCUUCGUAUUCGUUUUCAACCGGAUUAUACAUUAGCUGAAAUAGCUGAAUCUUUAACAUUAUUUACAAAUAUUGGUUCUAUGACAUUUCCACUCAUUGUUCGAAUUCCACAACGUGUUUUAGCCACAUGCUAUCAGACUAUUCCACGUCCUGUAUGGGAAUCACAAAUGCAUUGUUUUUGUUUAUGUGCUAUUUCAGUUUUAAUUCUAUGUAUUUUCACUAUGGCUGUCUACGAAGCGCGUAGAUUAUUUGACGAUUAUUUGGCACGAGCAGAACUACGCAGCCGUUUGUCAGCAACAAAUCCAAAACUAUUUGAAUUUACUGAUAUUACUGCAGCUGUACAAGAUGAACAUAAAAUUCGUGAACGAAAGGAAUCACGAGCAUCUACAAGUUCAAUAAAUACUAAGAAGGACGUACCAAAAGAUGAAAUUAAAACAAAAGAUAACGAUACUAAAACUAAACGUUCUAAUUCAUCAGUUAGCGGAAAUAAAGAUAUAAUAGAAGCAGUAGUGAAAACAUUACAAAAAUCGGAUGGACCGAAUAUAGCUUCUCGGCCUACAUCGACUAGUUCAAAAUCACUUCCACAGAAACCAAAACGAUCAAUAACGGAUAGUUAUCCCGGAAAGUCUUCUAAACAACAAACUGAAGUAUCAACUAAGCCCAAUCAAUUAAAAGCACAACGGUCAAAUCAUACAGAACAAUCUACAGUAGUAACAUCAAGUCCAUCAAUACCUCCUUCAACUAAUUCAGCAACCACAGUAACAGAUGAAGAAACUGAACCAUUUGUAAUUCCUCGACCAAAACGUUAUCUCAGUAAAACUAAAGAAGUAACUACCAGUAUUAUUCCUGUUAAAUCAGCAUCCAUUACAGAUGGUAUUGUUCCUGUACAACCGACACCUUCACUUCCACACAUAUCUCCACCGUCAUCGUCAACAGUAAUCGAAAAAUCAUCGACUCGCUUGGAUCUUUCUGAACAACGAAAAGAUCAACAAAAUUUAUCUCGAUCAACCGAUUCACUCAAUGAUCAACAAUGGCAUCGAGUUAGUUCUAGUCGCGGACUUCGCAAAGCAGCUACAACUAAUCGACGAGAAGCAACUGAUGAAUCUCAAACAGCAAAUAAAACAAAUAAAAUAACAUCAAAUAAUACCGAAAAUCCAGUGGCAGUGUCAUCAUCAGCAACGCGUAACACAUAUGCUUCUAUUUCUAGCCAAAUGUCACAGUCACGUCGUCGGCGCGGACGACACUUGACUCGUGGUACUACAUCGUCCACGCAUGUUUCUAAUUUGACAAAAAGACAGAGUUUACAGACUAAUACACCAUUCAGUGUUCAUAAUCGAGAGCUGGCAUUUCGUCAGCUAGCUGAACAGUUAUGGGCAGCUGGAUUGCCGUCAUCAGCGACAGCAUCUUCCUUAUCUAUACGGUCACGUUGUUCAUCAGCACCACCAUCGGAACGUGGUGGCGAUGACGACAUGACAAUAGUCACAUGGAACAAUCAUUGUAAUGAUGAACAAGAAAAUAUGAUCGAUUGGGAUGAACCAGAUAAACCAGAUGAUGGUAAUAGUAGCGUAAAAAGAAUGAUAACUUAUACAUUCUACUAUUUUACAUAUAUAUGCACGUGGAACGCUUCUAUUAUUAUUGAUUUUACCUGCUUUGCCCGCUUGAAUACCCCAAACCAUAGAUGA